AUGCCCUCCUCGCCCGAAUACCAACACCCCCUAGAGCACGCCGAUGCGCCGGACGAUUUCUCGGACUCGGACGACGACUUGGAUCUAGAAGAAUUAGAUCCCAGCACGACAUCACCGCAACAAUCUCGUACUUCCCGGGAUUAUACUGGUAGGAAGCGAAACUAUGGUCCUGGGAUAGCGCUACGUAAUCUCCGUGUGGGAGCUGGGAGUCGUUGGCGACGCAGUGCGUCCGGACGAGGGGAGUUUGAAGAUGACACCGAUGCGCUUUUGGACAACCGAGAAGAGCAAGGUGCGCGGGACUCACAUGCAAGCUCCCUGAAUCUGGAAGAAGAUGGUCUCCCAUUAUUAGAUCGGCGAUCCUCCACUCGCGACUUCAACAAUGAGACCCCGACGAAAGCCAAAUUCUUCCGGUUUCCAUUCAAAAUACCGAAGUUUCUCCAAGGGAGGUCAGUCCAGCUUGGAUCGACAGAAACUGAAGCUGCAAACCAACCGCCUCGCGAAGUGCUGGUCGGACAAUAUCAGGCUGCCAAAUACCCGGCCAAUGUGGUCUCGAACGCGAAAUACACGCCAUGGAGCUUCCUACCGAGGACACUUUACAAUGAGUUUUCUUUCUUUUUUAACAUCUAUUUCCUAUUGGUGGCUAUGUCCCAAAUCAUUCCAGUCCUUCGGAUUGGCUACAUGUCGUCCUACAUCGCUCCCUUAGCCUUUGUUGUCUCGAUAUCACUGGGUAAAGAAGCACUCGAUGAUAUUGGAAGAAGGCGAAGAGAUGCUGAAGCUAAUGCGGAGGAGUACUGUACCGUCACUGUGGGUCGGAACCAAGAGAUGGAAGUUACAAAAAAGUCCAAGGACUUGAAAGUCGGUGACAUACUCAAGGUCCGCAAGAACCAACGCUUGCCUGCCGAUGUGGUCAUUCUGAAGAGCAUCUCCAAUGACUCAGGCUCUCCACGUCACUCAAUCACCCAAGACACCCCUCCCCAGGAGUCUACUGAUCUACUUGAAUCGGGUCAGGGCUCUUCGGAAUCCAGGGUCAACACUCCUACACCUGCUCCCGAAUCUGUGGACGAUUCAUCUGCUGGCGACACAUUCAUUCGCACCGAUCAGCUAGAUGGAGAAACCGACUGGAAGCUCCGUCUGCCCUCGGUGUUAUCGCAAUCAAUCCCUCUGGCUGAUUUUGGUCGACUCAAAAUCACAGCAAGCGCGCCUGAUAAACGAGUCAAUGAAUUCAUUGGGACCAUCGAGUUGGGAGCUCCCACCGGCUUCUACGACGCCCAUGUUGACAAAUCAUCUCCGGCUCCGGACAAUGGAGCUGCACCUUCAAGAAACCAACCUGCUCCAUCUGCACCUCUGACAAUCGACCACACUGCUUGGGCCAACACCGUUCUUGCGUCCAAUACAGUCACAUACGCCGCCAUCAUCUACACAGGUUCACAAACCCGUGCGGCUUUGUCAACAUCUGCCUCGAGGUCCAAGGUUGGCCUAUUGGAAUACGAAAUCAACAACCUCACCAAAAUUCUUUGCAUUCUCACACUCACACUGUCAAUCAUCCUUGUUGGGCUGGAAGGCUUCCAACCAACCAACGACAAAAAGUGGUAUGUUGCCAUCAUGAUCUACCUCAUUCUGUUCUCCACAAUCAUCCCUAUGAGUCUACGGGUCAAUUUGGACAUGGCCAAAUCUGUGUAUGGGCGAUUUAUUGAAAAGGACAAGGAUAUUCCGGGGACGGUCGUUCGGACUAGCACCAUUCCGGAGGAUCUGGGACGAAUUGAAUAUCUCCUUUCGGACAAGACCGGAACAUUGACCCAAAAUGAGAUGGAGCUAAAGAAGAUCCACGUUGGCACUGUGUCAUAUGCCAACGAGGCAAUGGACGAAGUCGCCUCCUUCAUCCGUCAAGGCUUUGCGGGCAACGCCUUGACCACCCCUUCGACUGUUUUCGGUACCCAGGCUGGUCAUGCUACGGCGCCUCGAACAAGGAGAGAGAUUGGUUCUCGUGUGCGGGACAUCAUUCUUGCACUUGCUCUCUGUCACAAUGUCACACCCACCACUGAAGAAGAAGAUGGUCAAAAGGUGACGAGCUACCAAGCAUCAUCUCCGGAUGAGAUCGCUAUUGUCCGCUAUACCGAAGAGGUCGGGUUGAAGUUGGCGUACCGGGAUAGACAAAGUAUCGUUCUUGAAUCGACCGACUCCAAGCAGGUGGUUGUUCGGGUGAAGAUGCUCGACAUCUUCCCUUUCACGUCUGAUAGCAAGCGCAUGGGUAUCAUUGUCCAGUUCCAACAAGACGAAGACAUGCUGGAGUCUGGCAAGGAGGAUAGCGAGAUCUGGUUUUAUCAGAAGGGUGCCGACACAGUCAUGACAACCAUCGUCGCAGCAAAUGACUGGUUGGACGAAGAGACUGCAAACAUGGCCCGAGAAGGGCUGCGAACUUUGGUUGUUGGACGCAAGCGCCUUUCAACACAGCAGUACCAAGAUUUUGCCACAAACUACCGUCAAGCCUCCUUGUCUUUUCAAGGGCGUGAUACGGGUAUGGCAAAGGUCGUGAGCGAAUAUCUCGAACAAGACCUUGAGCUUUCUGGUGUGACGGGUGUGGAGGAUCGACUGCAGCGUGAUGUCAAAUCUUCUCUUGAACUUCUUCGCAACGCGGGAGUCAAGAUUUGGAUGUUGACGGGUGACAAGGUAGAGACGGCGCGAUGUGUCGCCAUCUCAGCCAAAUUGGUCUCACGGGGCCAGUACAUUCACACCGUCACCAAAAUCACUGACAAGUCCACUGCCCAAGAAGCUCUUGACUUCCUGCGCAACAAAACCGAUUGCUGUCUUCUGAUUGACGGCGAGUCCCUCAACCUGAUGCUUGGCCAAUUCCGAACCGCUUUCAUUUCCGUCGCGGUUCUUCUGCCCGCGGUGAUUGCAUGUCGAUGCUCCCCUACCCAAAAGGCCGAGAUCGCAGACCUCAUUCGCCAGCACACCAAAAAGCGCGUCUGCUGCAUUGGUGACGGUGGUAACGAUGUCUCAAUGAUUCAAGCCGCCGACGUCGGAAUCGGUAUCGUCGGCAAGGAAGGCCGACAAGCAUCCCUCGCUGCCGAUUUCAGUAUCACCCAAUUCCACCACCUCACCAAACUCCUUGUCUGGCACGGUCGCAACUCAUACAAACGCUCCGCCAAACUCGCUCAAUUCAUUAUGCACCGCGGUCUGAUCAUUAGUGUCUGUCAAACUAUGUACAGCAUCGCCAGCCACUUCGACCCCAAGGGUCUCUUCAUCAACUGGCUCAUGGUCGGCUACGCCACGGUGUACACCAACGCGCCCGUCUUCUCCCUCGCAUUCGAUCGAGACGUCGAUGAGCGUCUCGCCAAUCUCUACCCCGAGUUAUACAAAGAGCUCAAAACCGGAAAGAGUCUGAGCUACCGCUCGUUCUUCGGCUGGGUGAUGAUUUCUGUCUACCAGGGUGCUGUCAUUCAAGGUCUCUCGCAGAUUCUGCUUGACACGAUCACCGGACCGCAAUUGAUCAGUCUUUCAUUCACGGCGCUCGUUCUCAACGAACUUGGCAUGGUCGCCACUUCCAUCACUACUUGGCACCCCGUCAUGAUCUUCUGCUUGCUUGGCACACUGCUUAUCUAUGCAGGCAGUGUUCCUUUCUUGGGCGAGUAUUUCGAUCUCAGUUAUGUGAUUACUCUUGAUUGGGUAUGGCGCGUUGCUGUCGUGUUGGCUGUCUCACUGGUUCCUGUCUGGGCUGGUAAGAUGAUCAAACAGUCUUGGCACCCACCGAGCUAUCGCAAGGUUCGUGGAUAG